GGUAAGUCAAGAUGCCGGAUGCGUCUGACAAAGCUGCUGCUAAAAAAGCAGCUCCUGCUAAGAAGGCAACUCCUGCUAAAAAGGCAGCAGCAGCACCAUCUAAAAAAGAUUCUGCACCUAAAAAGGAUGCUGCAGGUAAGAAAGAUGCAGCCACUAAGAAACCCGCACCAGCUAAAAAAGCUCCCGCAACUAAGAAACCAGCGAGUAGCGCUCCUGCAAAUGCCAAAAGCAAAUUGCAGGCCAAGGAUAAAAAGUUAAAAACUUCUGUUAAGGAUGUUAAAUCCAAAGAUGGUAGUGUUAAAAAACCAGCAUCCAAGGAUAAAAAAGGUGCAUCGAAAAAGGUUACUGUUAGAAAACAUCCAGUUAGAAAUCCUAAAAAAGUUAGAAAGUUUGUUAAGAAAAAUGGACGAUUGUAUGCUAAGGCUAUUUUUACUGGAUAUAAAAGAGGUUUAAGGAACCAACAGGAAAAUACGGCUCUUUUGAAAAUUGAAGGUUGUAAAAGAAAACACCACACAUUGUUUUAUGUAGGGAAAAAAUGUGUUUUCGUUUACAAGGCCAAGAGGAAAACUCCAAUUCCAGGAACUCCAAACAAGAAAAACAAAAUAAGAGCUAUUUGGGGUAAAGUAACUCGUCCACAUGGAUGCACAGGUUCUGUGAGAGCUAAAUUUAAAUCAAAUUUACCAGCUAAAGCCAUGGGUCACAGAAUCAGAAUUAUGUUAUACCCAUCUAGGAUUUAAAAAGUAUGAC